AUGGCAUCCAACACCGCGCUCGAUGCCAAGAAGGCCGGCAGGCGGGUCGAGGCAUUCGCAGCUGUCCAGUUCCGAAAUGCCUUUCCCAAUCUCGAGCAGAGUGUACUCGAGAGCAUCACUCGCGAGGCAGUCACCAAGGCCUGCGACCAAAUUGUUCAGCAACAUGAGGCGAUGGAGGCAUCGAAGGCUCGCCAGAAUCUCCUCGACCUACCUGCUGAAGUUCGAAAUCGCAUCUACGAAUACGUUCUAGCACCCGGUGGACGGGAGAUGAGGACUGUUGAACUUCGCCCUAGAAGCACUUGGAGAGGCGUCUCACAAGUCAUGGGCCGCGCGAGCUUCGCAUCAGAGCCGUCACAGAAUCAACCAUUGUUUUCAACAGCAUCACAGAAGACUCCAGCUCUCUGCAGGGUCUCGACUCCAGUGCGACUGGAGACGCUGCCCAUGUAUUACGCCAACACUUCGUUCAUCCUGCACCUCGUUAUCGACAUUCCCUUCCAUGAGCAACCCAAGGUGUGCUCCUCGAUCGAGCACUGGCUGGCAGCCAUCGGCAAAACCAGCGUGCAGCUGGUGAGAAGCGUACAAGUCAUCAUCGCAAGAAACUCCAACGCAUCGCAGAGCUACAAUCAUGAGGAGAUCAUGCAAGGCCUCGGUAGUAGACUUCAAGGCCUACACGACAGAUAUGUAGAUAUCAGAAUCGCCAAAGGUCCUUUGGACUGA